UGCGGUAGAAUGCUCCCUGUUGUUUUCCUCGCGCGACAAUAUAAUCUGCGUUUCCAUUGUCGAGGAGCGCGUCACAUAAAACUACAUCGGUUAUUCGCUACGGCGCUUAUUCGCAAUUAUUUAUUUGCAGCGGUGGCAACACCUGUAGAGAAAAGAUUAGGUGUGCCCAUAGAAGCGGAAGAUGGAUGCAACCCGUCGAUAGGAGCAGCUACCUUCGUCUCUGAUGCAAGAGACUGUCAGGUGUUCUACAUCUGCGACCAUGGCUGGCCGAAGAUAACGCGGUGCCCUGGUGUGACGAUCUGGACACAGAUCGACGAUCACGAAGGGCGCUGCGAGGCACCGGAGAAUGGCACCAACAGCGUGUGCGGUUACGUACGUCCCCCGCCUCCUACCGUCACCGAGGAGAAGAUCAGAAUAGAGGACGGUCUGGCGUACUGUGAGUGGCAUUGCGUUAACUCCGCAGAGUGUAUCACCAACCUAGCUGUGUGUGACGGUGUGCAACACUGCAGCGACGGAUCAGAUGAGAGCGACUGCGCAGUAGAGUGUGACCCACGGACCUGCCGACUCCCCGGCUGCAGGUGUUCAAACACUGAUGUUCCGGGUGGUCUCCUGCCCACUGAGGUGCCCCAAUUGGUGAUGCUCACAUGGGAGUCUGCAAUCAGACUCGAGGACUACAACCAUCUUCUUCAGCAGGUCUUCAAAAAGGUUAACAAUCAGCGAAAAAGGAUCCGGAGAGAGAACCCCAACGGCUGCCCCAUGGUAGGAACCUUCUUCAUUAAUCACCAGUUCAACGACUACGCCGCCACACAGGACUUGUACCACGACGGCCACGAGAUAGCUGCCAUGUCUAUCAGUCAUGUACCCGACGUGAGCAACUACUGGCAAGAACUGGACGAGAAUAUGUGGGCGAGAGAAAUCGCUGACCAGAAGCAAAUGUUUGAACAUCUGUCCUUCGUGCCUGAAUCAUCGGUCGUCGGUAUGCGUGCCCCCUACCUUCAACUGGGCGGUAACCGGCAGUUCUCUAUGCUUCAGGAUAAUGGGUUCCGCUAUGACAUGUCAUGGCCAACUCAGCAGAUGGAGCCACCGCUUUGGCCGUACACCCUGGAGUACAGAAGCACACAGGAGUGCGUAGUUGCACCGUGUCCAACUGCAUCUUUCCCUGGCUUGUGGGAGGUGCCAAUGGUUGACUGGCUUGAUACCAAUGACACCGUGUGUAACAACGUUGAUGGAUGCUACUUUCCACUGAGCAAGGAGGAGUCGUUGACGCUUCUCAGGAGUAACUUCAGACGUCACUACGAGACUAACCGGGCGCCAUUCCCAUUGAAUCUUCGCGCACGUUGGUUCUACGAGGCACACUACAAUAUUGAGGCGUUGACCGAGUUUCUAGAUGAGCUUGAGGCACUUCCAGAUGUCUACCUCGUCACGGUAUCCCAGACCCUUGACUGGAUAAUGAACCCUAGCCGAAUCUCAGACACCGCCAGGUUUUUCACAUGUGACUACUCGGACAGACUGCCAUUGUGCAAGGAACCAAUUUCUUGCACGUACCUUAACAUCACCCACCCACCCAACAGCAUAGAGCACCAGGGCGACCGCAGAAUAGAGACAUGUGCAACCACUUGCCCACCACGCUACCCCUGGGUCAACAACCCUGACGGCAACCUGUAGGUGGCGCCACCAUAGAAGCCAUCUGACUCAGCUAACAUCCUACAACAUUCGUUAUCUGAAGUUCUGCCUGCCAGGCAUCAUCUCGACAUUACGUCCUUUUCCCACGACUUCGACUUGCCCCCAGUAUUUCUCUCGUCCUCCCUUUCCCACAUGAUCUUAUUUAUCCACCACUUCUCCCUAUACCUUUGUUAUUUUCAAAUAGAUGUAGUGAUUCUUCAUAAACAAUCAUGUUAAUUUAUAUAGUAUUAUUUAUGUAUUUAUUAGUCACAAAAUGCACGUCAAUAAAUUUAUUAAAUCAACUAUAA